GUUUUUUCAAGCUGCAGAGCUCUAUCUUAACGUCUACGAAGACAUUAUGCAGCGUUUUACAUAAACCAAAGUGGAAAUGUAAGUGGACAGUUAAAGGAAGGAAUUAAUGCCACUUCCCAGGCUUUUCUGACCGGGCCUGCCAUCGGGAAUGGCCGCAUGACGAAACCAGGAGCACAGUGCUUUAUCGCCAAAGUACGACGGCUGGUGGACAGUUCGACUCCGCGCCCAAGGAGGACGGGGUCGCUCAAUAACAAUCGAUCUGGAGGCGAAAACAGGCGAGAAGAACAUGAAAGCCCCUGCAAGGAGCGAGGUGAGCUGAGAGAACACUUUGCACAGUUUGGUCAUAUACGAAGGUGUAUUGUACCUUUCAACAAAGAGACUGGCUUUCACAGAGGUAUGGGUUGGAUUCACUUUUCUUCAGAAGAAGAACUUCAGAAUGUACUACAGCAGGAAAGUCAUAUUAUUGAUGGAGUAAAGGUAAAUGUGUUUCUGUAUAUCAAUUUGUGUAUCAAUUGAAAAGGCCACAAGUGUGGAAUGACAGGGACAGAGAUUUGUAGUUGAAGCUGCCUUAGUGCUUGUUAAAGAGUGGUGG